GCGGGCGGGGAAGGGGCGGCCCCGGGGGGCGGCGCCGAAUCGAGCGCUCGGCGCUCACCGGAGGCGCCGCCGCGGUCGCGCCGUGACCCAGCGCGGCAAUGGCCGGCUUCAUCAACUUCGCGGACGAGGAGGAGGUGCGGGCGUACCUGGAGAACCUGCACGUGGAGUACAGCUACCAGUGCUUCAAGGAGAAGGACCCGGACGGCUGCCAGCGCUUCGCCGAUUACCUGGACGCCGUCAGGAAGGACUUCGUGGCGGCGGCGCGGGUGCUGCGCGACAACUGCGAGGUGCACGGGCACAGCGAGAGCUGCUACAAACUGGGGGCUUACCAGGCCCUCGGCAAAGGUGGACUCAGCCCAGAUUUGAAAGCUGCCUACAAAUCCUUCAUCAAGUCGUGUGAGAAAGGUGGGAAGAAGUCAGCAAAUGCGUGUCACAGCGCUGGGCUGCUGGCCCAGGACGGGAGAGCCAACGGUGAUCAGCCUGACCCUGGCGCUGCUAGAGACUAUUACACAAAAGCCUGUGAUGGCAAUUUUGCUCCCAGCUGCUUCAACCUGAGUGCGAUAUACCUGCAGGGAGCUCCUGGGGUCCCCAAGGACAUGAGCAGUGCCUUGAAGUACUCGCUGAAGGGCUGUGAGCUGGGGCACGUGUGGGCUUGUGCCAACGCCAGCCGCAUGUACAAACUGGGAGAUGGCGUUGAGAAGAAUGAUGCCAAGGCAGAGGAGCUGAAAAACAGGGCAAAACAAUUGCAUAAAGAACAGAAAGAAGCUGAAAGUUCUCUAACAUUUGGGGAGUAAAACUGGCAGAUGCAGAUAUUAAGACUGGUUUUUAAAUGGCAAGCGAACUUGUUAUUUAAAUUGUGAGAGUACAGUUUUCAUUUAAAUAAAUAUCCUGUAUUUGGAUAUGCAAAUAAAAUUAUAUUUAUAUGGAUACAACAAAUUACUAUCUCUGCUGUGCAUUUCUAUGUUUUUGAACACACAAGUUCUUGAGUGUGUUUUGCUUAGAUCCUUCUCUUCCCAAGCCAAAAACUUGUGGUCUUUUGGGAGAUUUUCCGUGUGGUUUUGAGCACAAAGGAUUUCUUUUGUGUCCAACACUUCAAUAUCCAGGUUUGUGCUCUGACCAGUUCUAACACACAAAAAUGACAGCUGCAGGUAAUCCCAGCUUGGGCAGUCUGAACGGUUGCAUCUCUCACAAGCAUUUUCAGAACUUUGAUAGCUGCACCCUUGUGUGAGCUGCUCUAAGGCAUGGGUAUUCCUCUGUAAUUCCAUAGGUCUAGGCCAAUUCCUAGCUCCCUUGAUUCCUCCAGCUGCCACCUGGUUUGUGAGUGUGUAUCUGCCUGUCAUAUGUGCCUGGGUGCUUCAGGCUGCUUUCCCAACACAAAAUUGCCCCUUAUUUGAUCCCACACAAAUCAUUUUACCCUCCUGCUAGCUUCUGGAACAUUAUGUUCUAUUUUCUCUAGGUCAGAUUUAGGGAACAAGGUGCUAACUCAUCAGAUCCUGGACUCAAAUCCAUAACCUAUAUAUAUGCAAACUGUAGCUAAACAUACAGAUUCUGAAACAGCUGUUUAAAUAAGCAGGGCAGUGUUUGUAAAUAUAUUUGUGCACUGACAGGAUCCUUUGUAGUUUUGGUGUGUGUAAAUAUAUUGUGAAAUGUAUGUUUUGCUGUAAGUUUACUACUCAGAACCUGAAUCCUCUGGCUCUGGACUUAAUAAAGAUACAAACUUCACUAUUGAAA